AUAAAAAUCAGACCCAAUAACAGUUGUAAGUGGAUGGCCUCACCUUGUCUCUCUCUGUUCUACAAAGAGGUUGGUCCCAGAACCUGAUAACAAUAGCCCAUGUAAAUAGUAAAGUCUUACCAGGUCAGACAAUCUACAACCCCCUUCCCUUCCACAAAAUAGCUGAGAUACAGUAACAAGGACAAUUUAGGACAAUUGAGUAAAUAUAAAAUAAUUAACAAGACAUGUGGAAACUCUGAUUAUCAGUAUUAGAGAACCACAUAGAGUAUAGUGGAAUGGAAAAUUCCUGCUGUAGAAUUCUAGGCUAAGUAAGAAUAGCAUAAUUGUAAUGUUGGGAAUCAAGCCAAUUGAACAAAGGCAAAUCAACAGAAAGACUGAAAACAAUAACUGAACAAUAAAAGCUGCCCUGUGAAGCAACACCAGGGACUUGACAUAAAUUUAGAGGCAUUUAACUCACAGUCUUCAAAGUCAGCUGUUCAUUAUAUUGACAAUUCAUUUAAACAUCUCUGUCUUUACAGUGGCCCAUUUAAUUCAAAUUGCCACUAGGUAAAGUGCUUCAACUGUGUUCUGCUUCCAUAAUUUCAACACAUAGAUCAAUAAGUAAAAGGGCAGGAUUUUCUCCAAUAAGGACAAAAUCUUGGGCAUGAUGUAAAAGGAUGUUGUACAGAAUGGUAUCCCCAAAUGCAGUGGGGAAAUAUAACUUUAAGACCAACAGGAGGGAAGUUUUGUUGAAACUCAGUUCAAGAACAAUGGAGCUCAUGUUUAGUGACCUCCUGUCGACACUGGUGCUUUGAAGAAGAGCUGAAGAAUCAAAAGUUGUAAUCUAGGAAAGUGAAGAAGGAACUUUUAUACAGAAAACACAGAGAAGGAUUUUCAAUGGGACCAACUAAAAGACCAGGAGGACACAGGACUCUUUUAACCACAGCUAAAACCCGGAGAAGUGGAGUCUGCAUAGUGCAACUCUUAUGCUCGCUGGGCAUGCUCAGAAGCAGGGGGCUGGUUUGGGUCCGAAGUCGGAGCGAGGCUUCUUCAGCACGGGGCUAGAGCAGGAGUGUCCGGGGAGCCUUGCAGUGCGGUAGAGGAGAAGAUCCCACUUUACUCAAGUAGGCGUGGCCCACGUUCCUCCCGAGACUGAGAGGGGAAAGAAGUACAUGAAGUGAUGAGGCCCUGGGAAACACCUGAUGCUCCAGCAAAGGAAGAGAACAAGGAAGGAUUCUGAUUACAUGAAAAUACAUGCAGUCAUUGUUUUUGGAAAUCGACAAAACAAAUGAAUUAUGGACUUACAUUUCUCUGUAUUAGAGUCGAGCUAACAAUUUGGAUUCAAAAACAAAAGCAACAGAUAGAUCAGGACACUAAUUUCUACCAGAAUACAAGGAUUUUGCUUGGCAUUUUAUAAACACCGAUUUCAAAUUGAAAGACAUUCAAUGAAAGGUCACUGAGACUAUCUCCAAUGAGCAGAGGCUGAGAUCCUAAAUGAAUUCUGUUCUACAAAGCCCUAUUUUGGACAUGCAUGUGCCAAAAAUGGCAUGGAAGGAAUGGCAAAUGAAAUGAAAAGUGAUAAAGUGGGUAAACAAUGACUCACCAAAAGAAAAUGCAUGUCCUCGCUUGAUAGCUGCACCUUGAUAACUCACUUCUGCAAAAAAUUUUAAAAAACCCCAAAAUCAAAACUGGUUGUAGCUUUAGAGCUUUCCUGUAUGUACAUCAGUUAAAACAAUACCACCCAGGGCAGGGAUCUGAUCCAAUAACCCUUCCUUAGCAAAUGAAGAGCGAUAUAAUGAAGUUAUUGAGGUUCAAAAGUUCAGCUGUGAGUGCAUCUAGAGUUUGACACACCCAGAACUGGUAAAGAAUCAAGAGGAAGAAAACUACCAGUAUGUGAAAAGCUCAGUGUGGAAACUGAAAUUUGACCGUGUGCCAGAAAAGGAAGGUGAAGCAAGAAACUCCAAAGUAACUAUCAACCUCGAACAACAAAAGCCAGGGUGAUUUUAUAUUGCUACUAAACUGUAAGUGGGAGGUGGAACAGCAGCUGAGACAAACUCUGAUCAUGGAGAACUCAGUGGCUUCUUGCGUCCGAUACUCAGGGGAUGGCAAGGUAAAUGGGUCAAAGUCUGGGGUCAGCUUUAACAAAGGAUUAAGUGGAGAGAACGGGGACCCAGGGUCCGUUCGUCCGGCACCUGGAGAAGGGGACUUGAAACGCCUAGGCACUGACGAAGAGUGCCCGGAGACUAGAACCAACGGGGCGGAAGCGACUGAGCUUUCUGCACACACGCCCUGCAGUCUCAGUUCGUCCUUGUGUUUUAGCUCCCUGAACAAACCGCAACCUUGUGCAACUGCGGCUUCCGCGGCGGAGGGUGCAGAAGUCUCUCCCCCCUCCUCUACUUGCAAAGGAAAUCGGGUAGUGAAGAAUCAGUGGGAAAUCAACAGUUCUAAUGCCACGUCCGAAGAGUCGGGACAGGAGGAGGAGGAGGCUGCUAGGGCGGACCAGAGGAGCGCAACUCAGUCGCCGCCACCGCCUGUCACUUAUUGUAUCCAGACUGGAGCUCAGCCCAGGAAGGAACCGCUGCAGCCUGGGGACCCGGAGAGUGGUGUGGGGGAGGAGGGGGGAGAAGGCGGCGGCGGCGGCGGCGGCGGCAGCGGCAGCAGCAGCAAUAACGGCAGCAGCAUCAACCGCCGCGGCAUCUGCAGCAUCGGUCAAAGCCAUGAUCCAGCGGGUGGCGCGUUGGGAGAAGAGCCGGACUUGGUGAUCGAGGUGGCUGGACGCCGCAUCCAGGCGCACAAGUCAGUGUUGGCUGCCAAGAGCGACUACUUCAGAGCGCGCUCGUCUAGGGAGAUUCUGCGGGUGAAGGGGGUGAGCUACGCGGCACUGCGGCUUCUGGUGGAUUACCUGUACACAGGACACAUGGGGGAAGUGAAGCAGGACAAUGUGGCCGAGGUGAUCGCCGGGGCGCGCUUCCUUCAGAUGCCCUGCGCCCUGCAGUGCGCCACUGACGCCAUGCGGGCGCAGCUUACCCUUGGCAAUUGCUACCAGGUACUGAGCCUGGCCAAGCAGCAGAGGCUCAGCGAGCUCCGGGAGGCUGCCUAUCGCUUCAUGAGUGACAAUUACCUCCAGGUACUGCGGGAGCCGUCAGUUUAUGGCCGGCUGACAGGAUCUGAGCGAGACCUCAUCCUCCAGCGCCGGUUGGAGGCCGGUCGCAGCUGCCUCCUGGUGGCCGAGAUCAAUGACGUUUUUGAGCGGGUCGGCAGCCGACCCCAGAGUCGGGAGAGCAGCAGGCCCCAGAGUCCAUCCGCCUCUGUCUUGUCGCCUGGGGAGCAGCCACCCACGCCGCCUCUAGCCCCAGCCCAAGGUUCGUCUGAGGAGGAUGGCGGUCACAGUGACUCAGUCAUCUAUUACUACCAGGAGGCGGACAAGGAGUGGAAGGUCCUGACUCGGCUGCCUGAGGGGGCUAAUGCCAAAGGCUGUGCCAUGUGCGUCCUCUACAACUACCUCUUCCUGGCCGGGGGCAUCCUGCAAGGGGGACCCGAGGGGAAGGCUCGCCUGUCGGACAAGGUCUUCUGCUACAACCCAGUGACCGACACUUGGACCACGGUUCGGUCCUUGAGCCAGCCCCGUUCCCAGCUGAAGUUGCUGGCCCUGGACGGCUACCUGUACGCUGUGGGUGGCGAAUGUCUGUUUAGCGUGGAGCGCUACGACCCCCGCGCUGACCGCUGGAGCUCGGUAGCCCCGCUGCCCAAGGGCGCCUUCGCUGUGGCCCACGAAGCCACCACGUGCAACGGAGAAAUUUACGUCUCGGGCGGCUCUCUUUUCUACCGUUUGCUCAAGUACGACCCCCGGCGGGACGAGUGGCAGGAGUGUCCUUACAGCAGCAGCCGCAAACGCUCUGCAGACAUGGUGACCCUUAAAGGCUUCAUCUAUCGGUUUGACCUGUGCGGGGCGCGAGGGGAACCUCAGGCAGUGGCUUCGGCGGCCUGUGGUAGUGGAGGGGUCAAUGUGUUCCGCUACCAUUGCUUGGCCAAGCGAUGGAGUCAAUGCGCUUCGAACCUGAGGCCGCCUGGUGAGGCUUCUGGGCUACAGCCUUUCCGCUGUGCUGCCCUCGAUGGGACUAUCUACUGCGUGAACAGGGCCGGGGCCUGGCGCUUCAGCCUCUCCGAAGACGGGGAGCCUGGUGAAGAUGGAGGCCAGAAGGGAGUCUUUGAGCAGGAGCAGCUCAAACCCCCCUUUGAUGCUCGAGGGGUCCUCUUCCCCUUUGUGCUCACUCUGCCAGAGAGGUCAGAUAAAGGGGAGGCCGGAGCACUGUAGGAGAAGGAGGAGCAGAGACAAUUGUCAGAUCCCCUGACUCCAAGUGCAUGGUUCCCUGUGGUCCAAGGGCCAUUUUGGGAGAAGAGUUGAGGGGCUAUGGGAAAGCAGAAGAAGAUAGCUAGAAGAACAAGAUUGAAAGGGUGGGGUCAUAUAAGGGUUCAUAAACAUGGGCUUGCCAUAGACUUUGAAGGACAGUAUGCUUUUAAUACUUUCCCAAAGUCUUCUCUGCUCCCCUGCUUCAAUCCUUUUUGCCUUUGCUUGAUGGGACUAGUUGUAAAUGCAGCGUAUAUCAGAUUAAUCACAUUUACCUUUAAAAACAAGACAGGUUUCCUUUGUGCAGAUAAGGGGGCACCAGAGAUUAACCUCUAGGUUUGUUGGUGGGGGAAUGUUGGUAUGUACAGUGAGGGCCCCAGGAAUGUGCAGGGGUUUAAAAAGAAGCCAGACACCAUUGUGAACUGGCACUAUUAACUACCACCUAUUUGGAAUAUAGAAGGAAUGUCAGUAUUCUCAUGAUAAAUGAAUAGGACCAGGAAGAACUUCGAGUAGGACCCCUGGAAGGAAGACUGGUCAGUUCUAUGAAAAGCAAUGGCCACUUUUGAUUUUCUGCCUGAAGUUCACAUUUUAAUAGGAAAAAAAAUGAUGAAUAGCUAUUAGACCCUUGCUAACUGGCAAAAAAGCUAGAUGCCACCAAAAUUAGAAAGACCUUCUUUUUGGGCCUGUUAAAGACAAAAUAAGGGAAAUUCACAUGCAUUAAAUUGGGUGGGCCCUAAUGUAUCCUAAAUACUCCAUGCUUAGCAUCUAUAAAAAGUAUUGUACCAUAUAAUAGAAAUAGAUCAAGAGAGGAAAAAGUUCAGUGAACAGACUUAGGCCCUGGCAUGAGGUUGUCAUUACAGUGUUUAGCUAAGAUUGAUUUAUGAUGUUCGAGGUAAAGGCUGUUAAUAAUUAAUUAUUCUCUAUGGCACAGUGAUGGCAUAUACCAUUGUUUGGAUUCUAAAUCUUGAGAGGAUGAAUGUUUUCAGAAGAGAAUAUCCUGAAGAAGAAAAAUAAUAUGAAAGACUUCCUUCUUGAGAAUAAUUGGAAAAAUGUUUCAUGUGGUGCUGGGAAAAAAAAAAUAUUGACAUUGAGGAGAGGUCCAGUGCAUUAGGCACUUUUCCUCCUUUUUAAAUUGGAUACCCAAGUGGUAGCCCUUUCUGGUUUUGCUUGAGAGAUAACAUUUUCUUUAAAUAGUAAAAGUACAGUGGAUAGGAUACAAUAGAUAGAAGGACAGCCUUGGAGUUAGGAAGAAGUGGAUAUGAGUCUUGACUCUGAGGCAUACUAGGUAUGAGGCCAUAACUUCUUAGUGCCCCCAAGUAUCAUGAUAAAUUAUAGAUGAUUUGCAGUUCUGCAUCAGUAGAGAGUUCCUAUGCUAGGAGUCCCCUAAACUAGCGAAGUUACAGGUCUAGACCAAAUAAAAAUAAUUUUAAAAUGUCCUUUUUGGUCAUUUAAAAAAUUUGAAAACAAAAAAAAUUCAGCUGAAUGCUUAAAUCAUAAAUCUAAUUUAAAACAUUUAAUUCAUUUCCAGAAAUUUGGAUAAGGCAAACUGGUUUGUACAAGUAGCAUUCUAAGAAAAUAUGGCAGCUUUAGUCCAAAAACUUCAGCUACACAGUGACAAUGAACACAUCCACACUGAAAGAACUUAUGUGUUGUGUUACUUGUUACAUAUGAUUCUAGUAAAAAUUGUAUCUAAUUGCCAUUUCCAAAGUAGGAUAGGAAAGUCUACCUUGACAGACAAUACUUUGAUAAUUUGCAAGACUUUUAUUCUGUUUUUGAAUUUACUGUUCUUAUCUAUAAUACAUGAAAGGCCAUGUAGUAUAGUGAAUAGAGAACUGGGCUUUAAGCCACAGAGGCCUGGGUUCAAGUGUGACACAUACUGGCUCUGUGGCCCUGGGCAAGUCAUAUUAUUUUUCUCAGUGCUCUAGAUAACUCUAAGAGUUGCUCCAGGCAACUCUAAGUUGAAGAGAAGGUGUUCACUUUCAUUGGUAGAGGGAGUUUCCUCAUCUUGGAGUUCUUUAGACCAAUGAGAUCACAUCUAGUCCAUCUCCUAGCCUAUGCUAUGAUAAUAGCACUUUUCAGAUUUGCAGAAAUAGUUUCUAGUUACCAAGAGCUUAAAGGUGAAGCAUAUGCUCAUAAUCACAGACCAAGUGAUCAUAAGUGAAUGUGCUCUUUUACAUCAGGAAAUGUGUAUUUGAAAAGUUGCUGGAAUGUAAUUAAUUUAAAGAUGUGAUGUCUUUUUGCUUGCUAGUUUGGUAAAUGUGAGUUGCCAUCUCUGCAGGAGCUGCUAGGAUUGUUUGUGCUUUGGUAAGAUUUUUCUUCAGAGUCAAUGGUUUAUUGAGCCUCAAAACUGUCAGCAAUUCUAAUAUAUUUAGAGAUGAUCAAUUUGAAGCUCAUCCUGUGCAUGUCUUGAAGAAAUGGAAUUUAAAAUAUCAGUUGGUCAUAUAUUUUGGUGUAAUUGGAUGUUUGCUAAUGAUUACUCAUGCAUUGAGAAGUGGUAUCUUGGCAACUUGGUUAAUCAUCUUAAGAACAAAAAAUAAGAGCCUUGUUUCACUUUAUUAGUCAUUUAUUGAAAUAUUUGGGAGAAAAGGCAGUAGGAUUUUUUUAGUCUAUAACAAAAAAUGGAAGGAGUAGUUAAAGAUUCCAUUUAAAUAAAUGAACAUUUUCUUUUGAAUUUCAGUAUUUUCUCCCAAUGCUAUAACAUUCAUUCUAAUAUAUUCACUUAUUCUGGUAAAAAAAAAAUCUCAAAUUGGUGAAAGUAUUUCCAGGUAGGAAGUAAAUAAUUAUUGUGAUUUUACUUCAGAUAUUGUUCUAUUAAUUUUGAGGAAAUGUUUGAAAUGAACUCUUUAUUUUUCAAGAAAAACUUCAUACUUCAUGCUGUGUAAAUAAAGAAAAUGGUUUUUGAA